ACGGCCAAGUAUCUCGGCGUCACUCUGGAUCGACGCCUGCGCUUCCACGAGCAGGCUGAGGGGGCAGUCUCCAAAGGGACCGCAACUGUCCUGGCGAUCUCUCGCCUCACUCGACCGACCUUUGGGCUGGCGCAUCGGCACGUGCGUCAGCUGUAUCGGGCGGUUGCCCGACCACGCAUCGAGUACGGGGCGGCGGUCCGGUACAGCCCGGUGCGCCCCAAGGAGAAUGGACGGCCCGGUCGUAAAGGCUCCGUCGGCGUGGCCACCAAGCUGGGCAAGGUGCAGCGUUUAGCGGCGCGACUGAUUUUCGGCGGAUUCCGCACUACCGCCACGGAUGUUCUUACCUUCCACGCCGACCUGCUGCCGAUGGAAAUU